AUGGCAUCUGAAGAGUGCCUCCUGCUAGACCUAGAAACAGAUAACUUCAUUCUCUACAACUUCUCUGUCAACCAGAGUGCAAACCUCUCCCUCCUCAGUGAUGACUGGUUCUACCCAGCGUUCCUCUAUGCCAUCCCCACAAUCUACGGCAUCAUCAUUUUGAUAGGCCUUAUUGGCAAUAUCACUUUGAUUAAGAUCUUCUGUACUGUGAAAUCUAUGAGAAAUGUCCCUAACUUGUUCAUCUCCAGUCUGGCUCUAGGAGACCUGCUGCUGUUAGUGACUUGUGUGCCUGUGGAUGCCAGCAGGUACCUUGCUGACGAGUGGCUGUUCGGCAGAACUGGAUGCAAACUUAUCCCCUUCAUACAGCUCACCUCUGUAGGGGUGUCAGUCUUUACUCUCACUGCUCUCUCAGCUGACAGGUAUAAAGCUAUAGUAAGGCCAAUGGAGAUGCAAGCAUCCCAUGCGCUGAUGAAGAUUUGUGUGAGAGCUGCUAUAAUCUGGAUUGUAUCCAUGUUGCUUGCCAUCCCUGAAGCAGUGUUUUCAGAUCUGCACCCUUUCCAUGACAAAGGGACUAAUAAAACCUUCAUCAGCUGUGCUCCUUACCCACAUUCAGACGGGCUGCAUCCCAAAAUUCACUCAAUGGCAUCAUUUCUCAUCUUUUAUAUCAUUCCUCUAUCUGUCAUUUCAGUAUAUUAUUAUUUCAUUGCUAAGAAUUUGAUCCGGAGUGCUUACAACAUCCCCGUGGAAGGAAACAUGCACGUGAGGAAACAGAUUGAAUCCCGUAAGCGUCUGGCCAGGACAGUACUGGUCUUUGUGUGCCUCUUUGCUUUCUGUUGGCUCCCCACUCACAUCAUCUAUUUAUACCGGUCCUAUCACUACUCAGAGGUGGACACCUCAGUGCUGCAUUUCAUUGCCAGCAUCUGCGCUAGGAUCCUGGCAUUCACUAACUCUUGUGUCAACCCAUUUGCUCUCUACUUGCUCAGCAAGAGCUUUCGGAAACAGUUCAACAACCAGCUGCUCUGCUGCAGAGCUCGCCUCCUCAUCCGUUCCCAGAGCAUGGCCAGGAGCACCACACGAAUGACCUCCCUCAAGAGCACCAACCAUUCCCUGGCUACUUUCAGCCUUAUCAAUGGCAACCAUGCCUGCCACGAAGGCUAUGUCUAA